GGGGUGCAGUAACUAAUACGCGGCCUGCCUUUGCGUACCUCAAAAGCGAGCAUUUUUUCCGAGAGUGUGCGCAUUUGCGAACCGUCUCGAGCGGGAGAAACAACGCACAGGUUGCGUGUGUGUUCUGCACAGUGUACGCCGCAAAGUUGGAGUUUUUGUGUGGUGUCUCCCCCCCAUCCUUGUUUAGUGAGACUUCCUUUAGCGAAACACCGUAUACCUACUGCUGUGUGCCCAGCGUGCCCGCGUGUUUGUGUGGUCGAACACUUUCUUGUGCCCUUUGUUGUGAAGGAUCCACACAGUGCCUGUUGUGCAGACUGCUUCUGUGCAUGAAUUGCGGUGCGCGUAAAUACAUAUGUAUAUACGCGAUACUUCCGGUCGCUAGCCUGGUGCGAGAUAAGGGCAGACGAGCAGCACGAGAUAUUGACUAUGGUGAACUCUGUGGACAUCCUGUCUAUAUUGAUCUUCCGUUCUAGACGGCUUGAGUUCAACACGCACUUUACGAACCGUGCAUCCGCACGCAACUUCGUUUAAUCUUCCUGGUGGUGUAUGCAGUUUCUUGAGGUCUGACGACGAUCCAUCCAUUACUAAAGGGAGCUAAAGUUUUGGGCCGUAGAUCAGGUCUCAUCAAGAAGGGUUGCCUACCAUUCACAAGCAAUUGCCGAUGUGUUUGAUGAUCCCGAUGUCUAAUGAAACUUGCCCACGGGCGAAUCAAUCCGACUUGGGUGACGGUUGGAAUAACGACUCCACUCUCUUGCCCGUCGAAGAACCCAACAGUGAGGUAAGGCUUAAUGUGCCGUACGCACUGUUGGAGGCAUCCGUUGCCCUAAUGGCAAUAUUUGGCAAUACCUUGGUGAUUCUGGCUUUCAAAACCGAGCGACGAUUGCGAAGGCGAACCAAUUUUUACAUCGUAUCACUUGCGUCGGCCGAUCUGCUGGUCGGCACAUUGGGCAUUCCGUUUGCCAUUCUUGCCUCCAUAGGCAUUCCCAGGAAUUUGCAUGCGUGUCUGUUCACCAUCUCGCUGCUGGUGGUGUUGUGUACGAUCUCCAUCUUCUGUCUGGUAGCCGUGUCGAUCGAUCGGUACUGGGCGAUCUUGCAUCCGCUAGCCUACUCACGCAACAUGCGCACUAAAACGACACUCUAUAUUAUAAGCAUGUGUUGGCUCGUUGGUUCCAUUAUCGGGUUUCUGCCGUUGUUUGGGUGGCACGAAGAUCCAACCGAGGAUGCUUGCCUUUUUGUGAAGGUGAUGAACUACGACUAUCUUGUCUUUCUGUACCUUGUGACAAUCAUCAUACCUGCCGUACUGUUGCUAGCGUUCUACAUGCAUAUUUAUCGAGUCAUUGUAAAACAGCGAAAGCAAAUCCUUUCGGUAAAUUCCAUCGACAGUCGGUUCUCGGCUAAUCUGGCUAACAUAGAAGAUAACAAUAUCACCCAGUCGAUGCAGUGUAGUAAACGUCGUACUAAGAAGGACAACUACAAUGGUACCAUGUUGCGUGUGUUGCGUGCAGCUCAGAACCGUGAGGUAAAAGCCACACAGAACCUCUCCAUCAUCGUGCUGUUCUUCAUGAUUUGCUGGAUGCCAUUGCACACGAUCAACUGCAUCGUUGCGUUCUGCCCUCAGUGUCAUAUUCACGCACCUGUCAUGCUGUUCGUGAUAACGCUUUCCCAUCUUAACUCUGCUCUGAAUCCGCUGCUGUAUGCGUACCAUUUGAAAGAUUUCCGUGCCGCACUGAAGAAACUGAUCCUGUCUAUCUUUGGUAUUACACCUACCGUUCCGCAGCAGGCUGAGUGUGUUAAUUGCAUAUCGACAUUAGCCCAGCAGCAACAACAGCAACAUCAGCAACUAUUUCACGUAGCUUAAGCGUUAAACGCAAGCGUAUACAGAAAUGUAGCGCACGAUCCUUACUCAAACUCAAGCUUGUGCCUUCCGAUGUUCGCAUUCCUGGUUCACGUCCCGGUAGACAGGUAGAACUUUAUAGACAGAGAACGAUAGAUGUUACUGUAACGCACUAUUAAGGACCGUUGCUUGUAGUGGCAAACAGACAAAACUUGCCCGCUAUAUAUUCAAUGUGCCUGAAACGCAGACAAUCAGCUCUGAGUGUUCACUAGUAGUUUGCUAGAGCAAUUUUGCAUUAAAAAGAUACGUAUGAUGAUGACAUAUCAACAAAUACAUUUGUGCCUUCAAUGUGCUGAACGCUGA